AUGUACGCAGAUGACUUGUGUUUUGUGACGGAUUCCCCAAACUCUUUACAAAUAUUGAUGAGUAGUCUUGUUGAGUCAUGCCGUAAAUUUGGCCUUAAAGUCAGUGUAACAAAGACUGAAGUCAUGGCUUCGGGCACCCAUUUUGACCUUUUACGGAUCCAGCUCAACCAGGGCGUUCUGAAAUCUGAAGAAAAGUUUAAGUACUUGGGACGCUUAAUAUCAUCAAAAUGUGAUCGUGCUGCAUCAGCUGCUUUCGGAAAAUUAAGAUCCAAGGUUUUCCAUUCACAUGAUCUCCUUAACCAAAAGGCGGUUGUUCUGCCAAACCUUUUAUAUUCCUCUGAGUCUUGGUGCUUGUAUCGCAAGCACAUAUGA